UAUCCUAGGUUUCGCUGGGCAUUCUGUCAACUUGACAUCUUGAAACGACUGCACACCUUGCCCGAAAUCCGGCUUGCUUUGACGCAGCUACCCAAAACUCUAGAUGAAACCUACGAGAGGAUACUCUGUAACAUACCACCAGAGAGUCAAAACAUGGUUUAUAGAACUUUGAGCCUCGUUUCUUGUGGCUAUAAGAUAAAUCUGCAUAAGCUGGCGGACCUUCUUGCAGUCGAUGUCGAGAAUCCGUCGUUCGAUCGAAAAAACCGCCCCUUCGAUCUUCACGCCCCAGUCGAGGCAUCUACAUGUCUCCUGGCAUAUGAUCACAGCGAACCGGGUACUGGCAACUUGCACCUCGCCCACUACACCGUCAAGGAAUACCUGAUUUCUUCCCGCAUUGGCGAUGGACCAGCAAGCAUGUUUCAGUUGACGAAUGACUCAAUCAUAAAGUCGAAGUCGAUUAAAGAAUCGAUUACCCCUUUAGUGAUUCAAUUACUCGACCCAAGAGAAUCACAUUAUCCAGCUUGGAGAAAUAAGGUUUCAGAGCUAGAAUCAGGGAACUCAUGCCAGCUCUGGUCAGCCGAAACCGGCGCAGAGUGCAGUGUUAUCCUCGCUUCAAUAUGUUGGCUAGGUUUAAUCGACGUUGUUCAAGUUCUCCUCGACAUGUGGAAGGACCCAUUUAUGUUCCAAGCGCCCCUCUAUUGGCUCGGUAAUAUUGAUUAUACUCGAGUUGAUUUCUCGUACGCAGUUUCGCCGGACGAGGUGAAACAGAUCUUUCUCGGACUGUUACAGGAUGAGUGUUCAGGGCACGAAAUCUUAACAGUUCCUCAAGUCGCUGUGAUGCGCACGACUAGGGAUGGACCACAGCCGCCGCACAUUCUUGAAUUGAUGAUUCCGAAGGGAGCAGAUGUUAAUAUCUGCUCACUUAGCGGCUUCCAUCCGCUGAACACAGUAUUAAAUUGCAAAUUUAGUCGUUUAGGGUGGUCGAUCGACGAUCCCCACCGCCAAUGCUGCCUUGACUUUCUCCUUGAUAAUGGAGCUCAACCAGAUCCCGAACGAUGUACGAUCACACCACUUCAGUCUACAAUAUUGGACGCACUAUGUGGGCUUCCCGUUCUACAUUGUGAUCUUGAGGUCACAUCCAGGAUGUCACGAACAAUCCUGGACAGCGGUGCUGCACCCAAUCGUGUCGCCCAUGACGAAACUAACGUGAAAAGAAUUCAUCACACUUGCAAAUUAUUCUUCAAAACAUAUGAAGAACAUUCUUGUGUUUGGCAAGAUGAGUCCGAGUAUAUAGAAUCGGCUCUACAGGACCGAGGGAUGUCCGUAUUCUACGAUACACCUCUUCGAAUGGUGAAGAACAUGAGGAGCAAAACAGCACAAUCAGAUCCAACAUCUCCAGAAUACCUUCCAGCUCUAGAGCAAAUUGAUACACUAGAGAACUUGCUAAUCAGCUACGGGGCGAAGUCACUCCAUCUUUUCCCAGUCAAAGGCUUGCCCGGAUACGUCGAAGAGGACAUGGAGGAAUGGAGAAAUUUCAAUAACCCUCACACCGCAUCUUCAUCUUCACCGUUAACGUCUGCAAAGGCGCUUGAUGCUGCUACAAGGACCGAAUCGCCGCGGGUCAAGCGUACGAUUUGAUGAAACAAGUCUUCAGAAAUAUCCAAGAUAGCUAAUAAGGCAAAUUCUAUUCGAUACUCAAAGCAAUUUUGCUGAAUUUUCAUGGUCUAAGGCUCGUCGUUGCCUGGGUUCGCUAUCUGAAACCGGACGGUCCGCUUAUGUCACUCCCAACACUUCAAAGAUAUUCGGAAGCAAAGUGU